AUGACGAUCUCGGACCCCACAGGCAUCAUUCUGCCAUGCGGUUUGACGCGCGCCGAAGUCAUGACCAAGGUCGAAGCCGGCGACAUGCGCGGUCUAACCGAGGACGACGUCAAACAGGUCCAGGACGAGAUGUGGCUCAGAAAGAGCGGCCCGCCCCAGCUGCGCAAGGAUGGAACGUUGCGCAAGAAGCCAGGCCCCGCAAAGGGCUGGAAAGCGAUGCGCAAGAUGAGGGAGCAAGCCGCACGUGGGGACGAUGACGACAGCGACGCGGCGUCUGUGCUAAACGGCGAAGCCGAAGCCGACAUUGCCGCGCUCCUCGACGACGAUGGCCCGAAGCGCAAACCUACCAAACGGCGGAAGAAGGACGCCGACGUCAAGCCCGAAUUGGACGACGACGUGCGCUCGCGCCUUGGCGAGGAGGAGGAUGAGUUGCUCCCAUCAGACGCCGAGAACGGUGACUCUCACGCGGCCGCUAAGCCCAAGAAGAGGUCUGGCAAAACCAAGGAGCCAGGCGUCGGCAAGGGCAAUUGGACCCGUCCUAACAAGGAGAACAAGCAACACAGCAAGAAAGGCGAGAGCGCCGCAUUGCAAACGGCGCUGGAGGCCGUCGUUGACACUGACGCCGAGGCUGCGGAGGUCAUCGAAGCUUCACCACAGCGCCCCUCCCAGCACCAGCCCAACACCUAUGAUCCGCGCGGCGUCUCCGAAUCCGAGGCCCGCGUCCGUCUAGAGCUUGUCAAUGAGCUACAGCGGCAAGCGUGGACCUCCAUCUGCCGUGACGUCUAUCGGGUCAACCAGGCUUACGACAACGUCGUGAAGCAGAACAUGCUGCGGACUGCGCAGGCUUGUCAGCGUAACGCGUUCGGUCAGCGCAACCUCAAGACGCAUCGCACCAAGAUGAACAAGGAGGCGACCGCCAAGGCCAAGAAGGUUAUGCGCGAGAUGCUCGUGUAUUGGAAGAAGAAUGAAAAGGACGAGCUGGCCGCGCGGAAGCGCGCCGAGAAGGAACAGCUGGAGAAGGCCAAGGCCGAGGAGGAGGCGCGCGAGGCCAAGCGCCAAUCUCGCAAGCUCAACUUCCUACUCACACAGACCGAGCUCUACUCCCACUUUAUCGGCAAGAAGAUCAAGACUCACGAGGCCGAAGACAUGGGCGACGGCGGCGAGAAGCCUGUUGCGCCUGUCGCCCCUCAGGGUGCCGAAUUAGAGUUGGACGAGAGCGGCGAGCCGCUCCGGGAGCUCAACUACGAUGAAGACGACGACGAAAACAUGCGCCGGCACGCCGCUCGCAGCGCGCAGGAGCACAUCAAGGCAGCCAAGGACAAGGCAGCAGCGUUCGACCAGAGCCGUGGCCCGGCAAACGGUCAGCUGGCUGACCUGGACAUGGACGGCGACGAGCUCAACUUCCAGAACCCGACCAUGGGCGAAGAUCAAAUCACGAUCACGCAACCCAAAAUGCUCAUGGCGCAGCUCAAGGAGUAUCAGCUCAAGGGUCUUACCUGGCUUGGAAACCUUUACGAGCAGGGCAUCAACGGCAUCCUCGCCGAUGAGAUGGGUCUCGGCAAGACAAUCCAAUCCAUUUCGCUGCUGGCCUAUCUCGCCGAGGUGCAUGGGAUCUGGGGGCCCUUCCUCGUUAUCGCUCCCGCGUCUACGCUCCAUAACUGGCAACAGGAACUAGCCCGCUUUGUGCCACGUCUCAAGACCAUCCCGUACUGGGGAGCCCCAAAGGACCGUGAGACCCUCCGCCGCAUCUGGAACCGCAAGAACCAGACGUUUACAGAGGAUUCGCCGUUCCACAUUGUUGUGACCAGUUACCAGCUGGCCGUGCAGGACGAGAAGUAUUUCCACAUGAUGCGCUGGCAAUACAUGAUUCUCGACGAGGCACAGGCAAUCAAAAGCUCGUCGUCCGCGCGGUGGAAGUCGCUUUUGUCGUUCAAUUGCCGCAAUCGUUUGCUUCUGACUGGUACCCCCAUCCAGAACUCGAUGCACGAAUUAUGGGCUCUGCUCCACUUCAUCAUGCCUUCUCUAUUCGACUCGCACGACGAAUUCUCCUCUUGGUUCAGCCGAGAUAUCGAGUCUGCCGCGAGCGGUGACAAUGCAUCUCUCAAGCCGGAGCAGCUCAAGCGUCUCCACAUGAUCCUCAAGCCGUUUAUGCUGCGCCGGGUCAAGAAACACGUGCAGAAGGAGCUUGGAGACAAGAUUGAGAUCGACGUCCUCGUCGACUUGAGCCAGCGGCAGCGGGAACUGUAUCGCGCGCUGCGCAAGCGCGUGCCUAUCGGCGAGCUCAUCGCACAGGCCAAUAACUCGAACGAUUCGGCAAGCACCAAGCACCUCAUGAACCUGGUAAUGCAAUUCCGCAAAGUGUGCAGCCAUCCCGACUUGUUCGAGCGCCAGGACGUCAUGUCGCCUGUCGCGUUCGGUACAUUCAGUCACAGCGGCAACCUGGCACGCGAGGUCGAUCUCUACUGCCCGCACUCUAUCCGCAACCCGAUCGAGGUCGAGCUGCCCCGCUUGAUUUGGGACGAAGGCAAGCUCGAUGUGCCAAGUGAGGCUAGCAAGGCUGGCAACGAGUCACACGUGCUGCACAACCUGAUGAACAUCUGGAAGACCGACUGGAUCAACGAAUCGUUGAAGGGGAACGAUUCAGAAUUUGCGUUCCUCCGCGUGGCGGGAGUGUCUCCUGCCGAGGCAAGUCGACAAGCGAGAAGUCAUCCGCUCGUGAUGAUGCUCGACGGCGUUUCAGCUUCUCGCGGGGUCAUUGUUCGUGGUCCUUUUGCGUCUGAUCGUGACUUCGCAGCCUCCUCGGACAAGCGGUUCAUGUCGAUGGCGCCGAGGAUACCGAACGCCGCCCUCGACGAUUCACAACUGCCCGCUCUCCGAGACAUCUCCCGCCAAGUCUGGAAUCAGUCGUUCCUCUCUCGUGCCGAAGCACGGUUGCCUUCAGACCGCGUCGUUGCGCCGGCUAUCGUGCCCACUGUAUCGAACCGUCGCUCGUAUGUCAACAUGCAGGAACGGCUCGCCGAGGACCCCAUCGCCCGUGCAGCACUUUACGGCGUCGCCGACAGCGAGCGCGAUAACGCACAAGCUGUGCGCGACCUGCACGCGAUUGUUCCCGGCGUGCCACCCCAGGGUCUCCUCGGCGCGGCCUAUGCCGAUCAGCGUCCCGUCUCGACACUCCGUUUCCCAUCAAUGAAGCGAUUUAUUGUCGACUCGGCUAAACUUGCCCGCCUUGAUGACCUUCUUCGAGAGCUCAAGGAGGGUGGCCACCGCGUCCUCCUCUACUUCCAGAUGACGAGGACACUUGACUUGGUCCAGGAGUUCCUCAUCUCAAGGCGACACAAGUACCUGAGGCUGGAUGGUUCGACACCCAUCGGCGAGCGCCGCGACAUGGUCACGGCAUGGCAGACUAACCCUGACAUCUUUGUCUUUUGCCUGAGCACACGCGCCGGCGGUCUGGGUAUCAAUCUGACAGCCGCAGACACGUGUAUCUUCUUUGAGCAUGACUGGAACCCCAGUAACGAUGCCCAGGCGAUGGACCGAGCCCAUCGUGUUGGUCAGACUAAACAAGUCACGGUGUACCGCCUCAUUGCGCGCGGCACGAUUGACGAGCGCAUCGUGCAGCUGUCGCGGGCGAAGAAGGAUGUUCAGGACAUUGUUGUGGGCAACAAGGGCAUUGCGGAUAUGGCCAAGCCGACCGAAAUCGCCUCGCUGUUCAUGGACGACGAGGAGCUCGCCGAGUCGGUGGCCAAGCGCAAGCAAGCAGAGGCGCACGGAUAUACGGCGCCUGCGUUUGGACAGGAGCGCAAGAGUGCAUUUGGCGACAAUCUGCGCAUCGACGAGGAUGAAGGCGACGACUUUUUCUCGGCCAAGCGCCAGGUGGCCAACGACGAUGACGACGAGGCGCCGAGUGGCGCGCGCACGCCAGUGCCGACCAAGAAGCGCAAGAAGGACGCGGCCAAGCCGCGCGCAAAGAAGGUCAAGAUUGCUCUGGGACCGGACGGUCUCCCCAUUUAG